AUGGUAACCGACUGGUACCCUUGCGGCCUCCUGAAUAACAGCCCCACGCAUCCCUACGCUAUCAUCAUCCUCAACCAGCCCGUGAACAAAAACGCCCUGAAUGCCGUUAUCGGGUCAGCCUCGUUGCUCAUCUGCGCCGAUGGCGGCGCCAACAGGCUGUACAAGUACGACAAAGCCGCACAAAAUGGCUUGUCAAGGCUAAGGCGCCGACUUCCAGAUGCUAUCGUGGGGGACCUUGACUCCCUGACAGGUCCUGUGGAAGAGCAUUAUCGCUCACUAGGGUCCCAAGUGAUCAAGGACCCAGACCAAUUUUCUACGGACUUCACCAAGUGUUUAAAGUGGAUUCGCAACUGGGUGAUAUCAAAGCAUGAACGUGGCGGAUCAAAUUACGACAAAGAGCCACAGGCCGUCAUGGACGUCGUUGUACUAGGGGGUCUCGGAGGUCGGGUGGACCAAGGCUUCUCGCAAAUCCAUCACCUGUUCAUGGCAGAGAAUGACCCGGCGCUUUUGAGAGGCUGCAUUUAUCUAUUGUCAGAACAGAGCUUGUCAUUUGUUCUAGCUGAUGGCCACAAUCUCAUCCACCUCGACCCUGGUUAUUUCACAGAGAAUGUGGGAAUCCUCCCUGUUCUCGGACGCACUUUCCUCACCACAAAGGGUCUUGAGUGGGACGUUGAACACUGGCCCACCGAGUUUGGCGACCAAGUGAGUACCAGUAACCAUAUACGCUCCUCCGAAAUCGGCAUUGCCUUCGAGGGUCCAAGGCCUCUGUUCACCAUGGAAUUGGAAGACCGUCUCACAGCUAGUGGCGAAUGA